UUUAAUGUUUGAAGAAAAUAUAAAAAUUUGGGGUCCUUUUGGAGAAUUAGCUUUAACGUGGUGCGAAGCGUUUAUGGAUGAUAAUGAUUAUGUAGUAUUGAUGAUCUACUUAUAAAAAAGAAAAUGGAUAAUGACAGAUUCUGAUCUUUAAGCUGUGAUUAAAGAAUAUGACAGAAUGGGAUUAGCUGACAUGAGACAAGCAGCAAUGUACUUAUAAAAUUGACUAUAUUAUAGGAAUUUGUAAAAUGUUGGCAUUGUGAAGUUGGACGAAAGAAAACAGAACAAUUUCUAAAGAGACAAUCAUUUUUAAAAUAUGCAAAUAAACAAAGAAUUUGUAGAUUGUUUGGAAAGAUAAUGUAGAAUUUUGGAGGAUAAGUGUAAAUAUGAAAAGUAGGAAGUUGAAAAAUAAGAAAAGAACUAAACUAGUAAGUAUUGUAGUAUCUGCAAUUAAUAAUAUUCAUUGAAUGAUAUCCAUUUGUAUUUACUGAAGAGAUGUAAAAAAUAUGGCUGUGAAUAAGGAACAUUAAUAGAUUCAUAAAUGGAUGAAUUGAGAAAAAAAGUAUGUUUUAUGUAUUUAUAAACAUAGCAUGUUUAAAUUUUAGAAUAAAUUUUGGAGAGAAUAAAACGAUUGUUAGAGAAUUGCAAAUAAGAGCCAUUCCCAGCUGAGAAUGAUAUUGAGUAAUCAAAGUAGAUGGUGAUAGAAGUGUAAUAGAAAUGUAAAUUAUUAAUUUAACUAGCAUUUUUGGAUCCUGAGGUGGAAAAGAAAUGGAAUGAAAACAAAUAAGAGCAAAUACAUUAAAUUUUUAAACUACCAAUAUGUAAAAAGAUUAAUUCAUAUGUUCAACGGAAGAAAUAAUUUUUAUCUAAUAAAAUGAAUAUCGAAUGA